AUGACGCUUUCUCUCGGUGGCUGGUCGCUGCUGGUAUUGUGUUUCUCUCAGUGGGUGCACGCUGGCAAUGUCCAAGUCACUGCCGUCUUGACUUGGGCCAACAGAACCAUCGCAGGGGUUUCCAGACCGAUUAUUCUUACCAAUGGUCAAUACCCUGGACCUACAUUGUGGUUAAACCAAGGGGAUAAUGUUAAUUUCAAAGUGAUAAAUCGAUGCCCGUUUAAUGUGACGGUUCACUUUCAUGGAAUUGAGCAAUUUAGAACCCCUUGGUCUGAUGGAGUCCCAGGCGUCUCACAAGUACCAAUUCAAGAAGGCCGCUCAUUUCUUUACCGCUGGACGGCUGACCAGUAUGGCUCAUACUUCUAUCACGCUCACCACCGCGGACAGCUGGAAGAUGGACUGUACGGUCCUAUCUAUAUUUCACCCUCGAGCUUUGAAGCAAAGCCAUUCGGUUUCAUUACGAGCAAUACGGCACAGCUUCAGGCCAUCCGUACUGCAGAGCAGAAUACUUCGCCAGUCGUCCUCUCGGAGUGGCGACUUUUGACCUCAGAGCAAAUAUGGGUUGCCGAGGAAGCUUCAGGCGUUGAUUCUUACUGUGCCAAUGCACUUUUGAUAAACGGGAAGGGGUCUGUAACUUGUUUCUCGCGAGCUCAGAUUAAUAGCUUGACAACGCCAAAUCAAAAAGCAGUCCUGGGGAAUGAAACACUCACUGAUAUCGCAUGCUUCCCAGCAAAUCUCACUGCGGCUCAAGGCAACUUCCCCCAUAACUAUAGCGCCCUGCCACCGACCAUGUUUUCUGGCUGCACCCCUUCUCGCGGCCCCCAGGAACUCUUCACGAUCAACUCGUCAGCACAAUACGUGAGCUGGGAUCUGAUCAGCGCCGCCGGCCUUCUACACCUGACAUUCUCGGUCGACGAGCAUGACAUGUGGGUAUACGCCAUCGAUGGCCGCUACGUGCAGCCCGUACGAAUCAACGCCAUUAACAUCCCCAAUUCAAACCGCUACUCGGUUCUCGUCCCCCUGAACAAACCUGCCGGAGAUUACACAAUCCGCAUGGUCAGCGGCAGCGCACAACAGAUCCUAAAUACAACCGCAAUCCUCCGCUACAACGCCACGCCCCAGCUCAAACGUGCAUCAAACCCGUGGAUCACCUUGACUGGCGGCAACGCUACUGCCAACACAAUCUUCCUCAACGACACAUCCGUCAUACCCUUCCCAGUGGUCACACCCGGCGCGACCGCCGACGCUACCUACUUCCUAACCAUCGGCCACUAUAAUGCAUCCUACCGCUGGACACUAGGAAACAGUAGUUUCGGCCUAGAACUCGAAGAGUCGCAACCCUUGCUAUUCAACCAGAACGCCAUACCCAGCGAUCUCGUCAUCCGCACGAAAAAUAAUACCUGGGUCGAUCUCGUGAUACAAGUCAACGCACCCAUCCAACCCUCUCAUCCAAUCCACAAACACUCAAAUAAACAUUUCCUCAUCGGACAGGGGAACGGCACGUUCACCUGGCCCUCCGUCGCAGAGGCAAUGCAAGCUAUACCGGGCUCAUUCAAUUUGGUUAAUCCGCCGUACAAAGAUACAACGUCGACGCCUGCAGCUGUGAGGGGGCCAGCGUGGUCGGUUAUUCGGUACCAUGUUGUGAAUCCUGGGGCAUUUUUGAUGCAUUGCCAUAUUCAAGUGCAUCAAAGUGGGGGGAUGGCAUUGGCGCUUUUGGACGGGGUUGAUGUCUGGCCUACCAUUCCCCCUAAUUAUCAAGGGGAUAGGUCUGGAUUUUGA